AUGCUCGUCACUCUCAGCGAAUCGUCCUGUAUAAUGCGAUUUGAGACAGCUGUAGAUGAGAGCUUAUCCACCAGCCACCGUUUUUCGCAGGGACACCUACAAUUCCUCAUCGACCCAUUGGAGCAAAAACUGGGGCUGGACAGGGGGAUUUCUAAUGCGCCGCGGCCGUUGAAGAAUUUGGACCCAAAAAGAGCUGACGGGACAUGGCUCUCGAAUUUGCAGCUCAAUUGGACCGUCAUGGACCACCCGAAUCAGGUCCUCUACGUGCUCAACAACAAGAAUUUCGUCGGCGUCUACGCGUUCAAUGCCACACAUAAUCUUGACAAUAAGGAAGACUGGCGCAACAUAUUUGGAAGAAAGGCAGAUGAGAAGCAGCUGAAGCGCGGCAAUUACAUCGAGGACCCGUAUUCCGAUAUGGAGGCUUCUAUCGAUCCUACAGCGCUACUCCUGUGGCUGCUAUUCAUAGUGAUGGUUAUUUUGACAAUUCUUGUGUUUGCCCUCUACCGUUCAUCGGUACACAAUGCUCGGAAGUAUCUAGAUGAACAGGAUAAAGCCCAUUUUCUGGAACAACAAGCGGGUACCGGUGCUCCCUGCUACAACAAUCGAACAACCCUCGACCAGAGCGUCGAUAACUGGCCUGCUUAC